GUCUGGUUGGAACAGCGUACCAAUCGAUCACUGGAGCGCUUAUUUAACUGAUCCUCUUUGCCUAAGCGACCGGACUUCAGAGCUCAUCCCAUGGACUCGGCUCCGCCUGGCAGACAUAGCCGCUUUUGGAUACCGGACGGUCUCUUUACGUUACCGACUGAAAGGAGCCGUACUCGUCGGGCCCCUCCUCCUUACUCUGUGCGUCGGCGUAGUCUUACAGCAGCGCAACCUGUGUCGUCCUCCUCACAUGCAACCUUUCCGCAGCUGCAGCUGCAGUGGGCAGGUGCUGCUCCUCUUGCUAUCGUUGGUUACCAACGUGUUCUGAAAUUACUUCGGCGCUAUGUGUCCCGUUAUGUCGCUGCACAAGCCGAAUCUGAGCUCACCUCUCGUUUCGAGGAGCACACAGCAGCUUUGGAUCACUGGUUGCGCACCUCACUGGACAACACCGGGUGGCCAUCCACUCUAGGUUGGAGGUUGGUUCUGGGAUUGCGUGAACGCAUGCAAUUUACUGUACACUUGGAUACUAUGUUGAGAAACUGCACUACCUCCCUGGAUCUGAGCUAUUAUCCGCUAGUUACGAAUGAAAUGGUGUUUUGCCUCGCCUCCCGUUGGCAUCAUAUGACGGAGCUCAGGUUACAUGGACUGCACGAAGACCAGGUAUCGGUAGAUGCGGUGGCAGAAAUACACCGUCUGCAAUACCUCCGUUUUCUCUCUUUGGACGGACUUAGAGCCGUUUGUGAUGAAAAUAUUUUCGGCAUCCUUUGUGAGUCCUUACUUGAACUGCCUAUAUUGAGUUUACAAUAUCGCCACGUUCAAAUGUUGCGCCGUUUGUGCAUUCUCCGCAGCACGGAGUAG